CAAACUUCAACUCUCACUCCUUCAUCCUUUUAUCCUCUGUACCUUUUCGCCUAUUGGCCUACACUUCAUUCAUUAGCGAAGCCAUGGCACCUAGUCAGAGUCGCAGUGUUUUUGUGGGAAACAUCCCUUUCAAUCUGAGCGAGGAGAACAUCGUCAAGAUUCUCAGCUAUGCCGGAACCGUGGUCAAGUUCAGACUCAUGUCCAACCCAGACACUGGUAAAUCCAAGGGAUUCGGGUUCGCCGACUUCGCAGACGCAGACGCAGCCGCAACGGCAGUUAGGAAUCUGAACGAUUAUGAGAUCGACGGGCGCAAAAUUCGGGUUGAUUGGCCUCACAACAAUGAAAAGGACUCGGUACCGACCAACUACGAUCAAUCUGGCGCUCAAGGCGAUACCUCUGUCCUCCCACCACUGCCACCGGGCGUCGACCUUCCUCCAAACCUUCGGGCCACCGACGCCAUUUCUCAGACCCUCAGCACUCUCCCUGCUCCUCAACUACUAGAUGUCCUCACUCAAAUGAAAGCGUUGGCAAUAUCCGACCCGGCAAGAGCAACUCAAUUGUUGAAGAGCGCACCGCAACUCUCAUACGCCAUCUUCCAGGCCUUGAUUCUCAUGAAUCUCGUUGAUCCCAAAGUGUUGGCUCAAGUCGUGGACCAAGCCACGAGACAGAUGCAACCUGCCAACAUCGCUCCUCCUCAACCCCCACCACAACAAUACCAAGGCUACCCGCCUCCGCCCAUUCCUGCUCAGAGUGCUCCAAGACCACCUCAGCAGUAUGCGCCUACACCUGUACAAAGCCAACCUCCUCCACAGCAACAGCCACCCCAACUCACGCAACAGGAGAUGAUCCAACAAGUCCUUGCUAUGGACCAAAGAACGAUAGACUCGUUCUCCCCUACCGAGCGGGCACAGAUUAUGGCGAUCAGACAACAAAUGAUGGGCCGUUGAACCUGAGGUUUUUGGCACGACUCACCAAUCCUCCAUUCCGAGCUUUGGGACCUUUUGUGUCUCCCCACUGAAUUGUGCAGCAUCUAUGUUUAAAUUGACUGCGCAACGAGGAUAUCAGGGUGGACAUGCGCCAUCCAACACCCAUCUGCCAGACAAACUAGCGGAUAGUCACCCAAGUUCAAGGCUAUGUUAGUGGAACGCCCCAGAUAUCAACAACAACCUUGGACUUGCGCAAUUCCAAGUCGUGGCCUCAUAAGUGGCCCGCACCACACGACUUGAGAUCGGCUUCAUCAGACAAAGUACAGAAAGUCAGAAGCUCGUCUCUGGAUUGCUCGAAAUCAACAAGCACGAAGACCGACGAUCGGCUCCAUUUCACUCGUCACAAGUUGCCUACUACGCCACCCACUAGAAGAGCAUAUUCUGGUAUCAUUUAUGAUGUGUGGAGCGCUGGAGACGUUGCGACAACUAACAAGGCAUCAGCACCUCUUGUACCUCUCCGUAAAGCCCAAGAUCGCGCCUUCGAUGACAGUAUGUCAUUAUACUCAAAUAAGACAGCCGCAUUAGGGUAUCAAGACCUUAGAAUCUAAAGUAGAACACAAUAAUCAUAACUCAUGUGACCGGUGCGCAGACCGUCACUGAACCUCC